GCGGCGCCAUCCGCAGCUGCAGUCAAGAAGUGGCACUGGACAGUUCAGGUCAUCAUGUGUCCGGCAGCAACGCCCACCUAUUCCCUCCUCUCUGCCGGCCGCAUUUUUCCAGGAGCUUAGGAAAGACUGGAAGAGGAGGAGGAGGAGGGGCGCGGUGCUCACGUGGAGAAGAAUUGCAGCGUGACGACGCCAAAGGAGAACCCGAAGGGAGGGAUUCCCUCGAAGUAGGAGAGCACGACUGCAUGGCCUCUUCUGCAACGGAAAACAUUUUCAAAAUUAAUUGGAAAGACCAAGUUAUCCAUGAAGACAAGGUCUUAAGUCAAGCCUUGCAGGAUGGCACAGGAGAAGAAAGGGGCUGCAGCUUUGCUCAAGUCAACAGAUCCUGCAUGCAAACCCCAAAAGAAAUUUCCUGUAGCUCUGGGCUACAAGAUGGAGCAAGCUUUAAUUUCUGAAUAUGUCCCUAGGGUCAUACAUUCAGGAGGAUUUAAACCUGAGUAUCUUAGCUUUGCCUUCUAUAACCCUAAUUACGCCAAUUCCUACAAUCCAUUUUACACUUUACAAAAACCAACCUGUGGCUAUCGGUAUUGUCGAGACACUGACCACCGAAGGAAAGUCAUGGAUAUUGAGAGAGUAAAUAUUCCAAAAUGGAGAACUAUUGUGCAGAAAAAGCCAGGUGUGGCUUCAGAAGGCUCAAAAGUCUGAAACAGCCAUGUGUUUCUCCUGAGACUUCCCUAACAGCAUUCUGAUUCAAAAUCUGAACUCUGUCAUCCUCCAAGCAUGUCUAAAAGGAGAUGCUGUGGGAGCUUCAAAUAAAAAAACAGAGUUCUGCCUUAAAGCAAGAGCUUCUGGAACCAACCAUGAUGGAAUAAAUCAAGUCCUACAAGAAAGAUAUCAAAGCCGCCUUGCUUUGGCUUUGAAACAUCUACAGCUGUAGAUCUCCCACCAGCCAGAAAAGCACCAAAAUGAAGCUCAAAUGAGCAGA